AUGACCAAGCUUUUCACUCCCCUCCGUGUCGGCCGUGUGGACCUUUCUAACCGCAUCGCCAUGGCCCCCAUGACCCGCUUCCGCGCCGACGACAACCACGUUCCUCUCCCCUUCGUGAAGGAGUACUACGCCCAGCGCGCCUCAGUCCCCGGCACCCUCUUGAUCACCGAAGCAACCUUCAUUUCCGCCCGUGCUGGUGGCUACCCCAAUGUGCCCGGCAUCUACAACGACGCCCAGAUCGCCGCCUGGAAGGAAGUCACUGAUGCCGUCCACGCCAAGGGCAGCCACAUCUACGUGCAGCUGUGGGCACUCGGCCGCGUCGCCAACCCAGACGUCCUGAAGGCCGAGGGCGGCCAUGAAGUCAUCUCCAGCAGUGCCACACCCGCAGCCGAAGAUGCGCCCACACCGCGCGCUCUCUCCGAGUCUGAGAUCCACGAGUGGAUUGCCGACUACGCCCAGGCUGCGCGCAACGCUAUCGCCGCUGGCUUUGACGGUGUCGAGAUCCACGCUGCGAAUGGAUACUUGAUCGAUCAGUUCAACCAGGAUACUUGCAACGUGCGCACGGACUCAUGGGGCGGUAGCGUCGAGCGCCGCGGCAAGUUCGCUGUCGAAGUUACCCGCGCGGUUGUCGAUGCCGUCGGUGCUGACCGCACUGGUAUUCGCUUCAGUCCUUGGAGUACCUUCCAGGGUAUGCGGAUGAGCGACCCCAAGCCGCAAUUCGAGUACCUGGCUUCCCAGAUGGCGGCUUUCAAGCUGGCGUAUGCGCAUGUUGUCGAGUCUCGCAUCGCGGGUAACGCCGACGUGGAGUCUACUGAUCAGCUAGACUUCUUCAUGCAGGCUUACGGCAAGGCUUCGCCUGUUAUCGUUGCUGGUGGAUACAAGGCUGAUUCUGCCCGCCAAGCUGCUGACGUGAAGUACGCGGACUAUGAUGCUAUCAUUGGUAUUGGACGUCCGUUCAUCACGAACCCUGACUUGCCCUUCCGUACUAAGGAGGGCAUUCCUUGGGUUCCUUACAACCGGGAUACUUUCUAUGUCCCCAAGGACCCUAAGGGAUACACCGACUAUGACUUCAGUGCUGAGUUUAAGAAGUCUAUUGAGGCUGCCGCUUAA